CCGACUCCAGCUACGGCCCAUAUGUCGUACCAUUUAUAAAGUAAACUACGAUUAGGGUUUAUUACGACAAUUUCCGCCCUCUCAGAGUCUCAGUACCCCUUCAACUCUGCUGCCGCAGCUGAAACAUCUUCCCGUGGAAGCGCCAUGGCUUCAGAGAAGAAAUUGAGCAAUCCCAUGAGGGAUAUCAAGGUCCAGAAGCUUGUCCUCAAUAUCUCCGUCGGUGAGAGUGGAGAUCGACUCACCAGAGCAGCGAAAGUCUUGGAGCAACUCAGCGGUCAAUCCCCUGUUUUCUCUAAGGCAAGGUAUACUGUGCGGUCCUUUGGAAUCAGGCGUAAUGAAAAGAUAGCUUGCUAUGUGACUGUCAGAGGGGAGAAAGCUAUGCAGCUUCUUGAGAGUGGAUUGAAAGUUAAGGAAUACGAGUUGUUGAGAAGGAACUUCAGUGAGACCGGCUGCUUUGGGUUUGGUAUUCAGGAGCACAUUGAUCUUGGAAUUAAAUAUGAUCCUUCAACUGGUAUUUAUGGAAUGGAUUUCUAUGUUGUAUUGGAGCGCCCUGGCUACCGUGUUGCCCGUCGUCGCAGGUGCAAGUCUCGAGUCGGGAUUCAGCACAGGGUCACUAAGGAGGAUUCAAUGAAGUGGUUCCAGGUCAAAUAUGAAGGUGUUAUCCUUAACAAGUCCUCAAACAUUCAGUGAUAAGCUGAGUGCCAACUUUUGGACCAGCUUGUCUCCUGGCAAGUUUAUUUUUAUGUAUUUUUGUAGACAGCCAUCGAUAUUACUAUUAAAGGAAUGUUUUGGAGAGAUUCUAGUUGGCAAAUUAGUAUGUUUUACUUCUCAUUUUGGCAAUCAGAUGAAUUCAAAUCUUUGUGAUGGUAAUUUUCAGUUUUUGCAAUUUAAGUAGGAAUUAUUCAACUA